UGGUUGCUUUCAUUUCUAGUUGGGCAAAGGCAAUUUAAUUUAAUCGGUCCUUAAAUUAUUCUUUGUAUGGACGUUAGGGGAUGCCUGUACAAUAGAUUGAAACCGUCGAAAUCUGGGGCAUUGGUUCAUGUUACAUGCAGCUGCUUAUUGUAAAAGUUCAUGUGCUUUUAUGCAAUUCUUAAUUUAUAAGAGUUUAAAAAGGUGAAUACUGAUUACUGAAUAGUAAGAAGUGUUUGAGGUUGACAUUACAUGAGCUUAUCUUUUUGUUAUGUAACGUGAAGAUUUCACCUUAAGAGAAAGGUUUUAAAAAAUGCGUAUUUUUUCCGAAUCAUAUUAAUAUUUUAAGUACAAAUUAAGGUGAGGUAGGCCAACGCGGAACCAAACUGAUGUAUAAUUGUAUACACACCUACGUCAGUCAGUACAGAAUCUAAGGAUCUUGUAGUUUGUAGCUUGUAGGGAUGGACAUUCGUCAGGCAAUCAGGGACUUUCAACGGCAUCUAAUCAUACAAAGCAAGUUCUUUUGCUAAAAGUGGAAAUAUUUAAAUCAAAGCAACUUAUAACAGACGCUAUGCCACUUGUUACGCAAUAUUAUGAUUUGAAGUUAAUAAAAAGUCGUCUGCUAGCCACAUGCUUUUUCGAGAGUUGAAAAGUUGUUCUCGUUUAAAAUUUGCCCAAAAUGUUGUAUUUAGUAGGUUUAGGUUUGGGAGAUGCUAAAGAUAUCACUGUCAGGGGUUUGGAGAUAGUUAAGACAGCCGAUCAAGUUUAUUUGGAAGCUUACACGUCUAUAUUGACUGUUGGACAGGAGGCAUUGGAAAAAUUCUAUGGCAGAGAAAUUAUUGUAGCUGAUAGGGAAUUUGUGGAACAAAAGGCUGAAUCCUUUAUCGAAUCGGCAAGAAACAGCAAUAUUGCCUUCUUAGGUGAUCCAUUUGGUGCUACAACUCACACAGAUCUUGUACUAAGGGCCAAAGAAGUUGGUGUACCAUUUCAAGUUGUUCACAAUACUUCUAUUUUGAAUGCUGUGGGUUGCUGUGGUCUUCAGUUGUACAGCUUUGGAGAAACUGUAUCGAUUCCAUUUUGGACAGAUACCUGGAAACCAGACAGCUUUUUUGAGAAAAUUGAAGGAAAUUUAGAAAGAGGAUUACACACACUGUGUUUGCUGGAUAUUAAAGUAAAAGAGCAGACAGUGGAAAAUAUGAUGAAGAAUAGGCCAAUAUUUGAACCGCCAAGAUUCAUGAGUAACCAACAAGCAGCCAAACAAUUGAUUGAAAUUGUCAAGUCCAAGAACCAUACAACAAGAUUAACUGGUGAAACUUUGUGUGUUGGCGUGGCGCGUGUUGGCUGGCCUGAUCAAAAGAUAAGUGCCUGUACACUACAUGAAAUGAUGAUCUGCGAGUUAGGCCAACCACUUCACUCUUUAGUGAUUGUGGGCAAAAUUCAUCCACUCGAGCUGGACUUCUUACGCAUGUUCAGCCCUGAUAUUGUCCCACUCAGUGGCUAAUAACGCUAAUAAAAUUGCUGUACAUUA